UCACUGGGUUUGAAAGUUGUUUAUGUACAGAAGGAAGACCCGCGGCACAACGCGUACAAGUUGUAAGUUGACUCUGUAUUGACCGUCUAAGCGUGUCUUGAAAAUUUAAUUGUACCUCUGUAGGGAAAAAUAAGCAGAAAAACUUUCUUAGAAAGUUUGCCCUAAUACUCGUCAGUCUCAGGAACGGUCCCGAAACUUGUUGGAUUACCACUGAGCAGUCACGUACGUUGAAAACAACACCUGAGUUUGCAAAUUACUACGAGAUCUUGUGAAAGUUUUCGUGGAAUUACCACAAAAUGGGAAAAUUAUCUAGUCAACCAAUUGAAGAUUCAGAAUCCUUCCAUCCUUGGUCAGAUACCUUCCAUGAGCAGUGGGUGUGGAGUAGUGAGGAUAAAUCCCCUUCGGUAUACCUCUGCCUAAACAAUAAGGUGGCCUGUUUUUACAUUGACCCAGUCAUUGAGAGCACGGGAACAGCAGGUGUCCGUGGCACCAAGGCCUUCUCACAUGGGCAGCAUUAUUGGGAGGUAAAGCUGAGUUCUGUGUUUGGCACAUCAAUGAUGAUUGGUGUUGGCACAAAAGAGGCCUUGCUUCAAACAGCAGACUUUGAGUUUGUAGAUUUGAUUGGAAGGGAUGAUCAGAGUUGGGGGUUAUCAUAUAAAGGCAAGGUUUGGCACAAUGGUCAGUAUAGAAGUUACUGUGAGCCAUUUUAUGACUCAACUGUGAUUGGUGUUCUUCUUGAUAUGGAUGCAGGAACUCUUUCUUACUUCAAAAAUGGAAGGUCUUUAGGACUUGCUUUCACAGGCUUGUGUAACAAAGCAUCAGAGCUCUACCCAAUUAUUUCAUCUACAUCAACACUCUCCGAGAUAGAACUGUGUGACAGUACAUGUAGAUAUGUCUCACUGCAGGAUCAGUGCAGAAUGACCAUAACAAAGCUUGUUGGUAAAGACCAAAUAGAUUAUCUUCCACUGCCUAGAGGAAUCUGCCAGUCUCUAAAAGGCAUCUAAGUCACUAGAAGAAGUUCUUUUUCAUCUAUAUGUAUAUAUAUAUAUACAGUAUUUAAAUUUUUUGACUUGAACUCGGUUUAGUACCAUCACUUUGGUAACCAUCUUGAAUAACGGUUAGAGAAAAACCCCCUUUUAAUAAAAGCUUCUGGCUGGCCACAACAAUUGUAAGGUCACAAUGUUGAUGAUGAUUUGUAACUUAGAAGUCUUCAUUUUUUGAUCAAAAUCAUCAUUGAAUGUCAAGAUGACAUGUGGACAUAAAUUUUAUCUCCACACAAUUUUUACAAAUUUAUGAACAGUGAAAACUUCUCAUAACUAUGUGUCCAUCAUCAAAGUAAUUUUGAUUGUCAUUAUAAAAACUCUUAUGUGUAGCAUAAAGAAAACAUCAGUAAUGGCCUUAUAGGUAAUUAUUGCUCUAAAAGAGACAAAAUCUUGGAGUUUAGCUACUAAACAACAAUCCCUGUUCCCAAGUUUUGUAAAGAAAAAUUAGUUGUAAUCGCACAUCCAUCUUUGCCUUUAUUUGGCUGAGAGAGAUCACACCUCCAUUGAGAGUUUGUAAAUAGAAGAUUUAGAAUUAACAAUUUUGUACAUCAUCAGUACAGUUUGUAAUUAUAAAAGGAUAAAUAUUUAAUUUUGUAUUUGAAAUGGCAUUCAAGCAUCAGCCAGAAAUUAAAAUG